AUGGCGCCGAUUACCUCGUCGGUGCAUCACCACCGGAGCACAACAAAAACAAGCCACAAGCCAUUCAAGAGCAAGCAUGCUACGAAGAGUGCUCUUAAGGAGAGGACAAGAGGUAAAAUCGAGACAAACGAGCGAGGAGUCCGAAAAACACCCCACCAACAACUCAUGUCGAAGCUCGAUCGCAAAAACCAAGCUCGUCAAAAACAACAAGUGAAACGUCAGGAAAAGUCUCAAGCGGCCAGUAUUUUUGCCGGACAGAAUGGCGCUCCCCGUCAAGUGGCUAUCGUACCUCUUGCCGAUAAUAUCGACGUCGCUGCCGUGAUCCGCGCUUUGAACGAAAGCGUCGAUAUUUCCGAGGAUGUCUCCAUUGAUCGCCAAUUGCGUAUCCGCGUCGACCGAUUCAAGCAGAAUAUUAUGUACAUUCCAGCAAAAUACGACUUGAUACACGCUUUGGAUGUAUGUCGUGUGGCCGAUUUUGUGGUUGUGGUUCUCCCAACGGACGUUGAGGUGACGGAGGAAGGAGAAACUCUUUUGCGAUCAAUUGAGAGCCAGGGCAUCUCCAACGUCCUUGUGGUGGCCCAAGGUCUGGAUAAAGUAAACCCGCCUAAAAAACGCUCACAGAUUGUUUCAUCCCUCGUGUCAUUCAUGACUCACUUCUUUCCCACUAUCGAAAAAGUCCAUUCGCUAGAUUCCCGACAGGAGUGCUCAAAUGUGGUCCGAGGUCUUUGCACAGCUACUCCAAAAGGUAUUAGAUGGAGAGAUGACAGGAGCUGGAUGACUAUUCAAGAUGUCAAGUGGCCGGACGUACCAGGAAGCCUGAUUGAUGACGUCGUGGUCACCGGUGUUGUUCGUGGUAAAGGAUUGAAGGCAGACCGAAUUGUACAUAUACCAGGAUGGGGCGACUUUCAGAUUGCGUCUAUAACAGCAGCUCCGCCUCUAAAUACAAAAGGCAAAAAGGAGGAUUCAAUGAACAUCGAUGACACCGAGGCUCCGCAAGUUCUGGACCAGCCCACCGAUGAUCGCGACGAUAUGGCGGUUAUCGCACCUGAGGAGAUUGAGAUGGAUGAUGACAUGCUAUCAAACCCUGACACGGAAAGGCGAGGAGUGCUACUUGAUGACCACCACUACUUCUCCGACGACGAAUCUCAUAUUCCAGCUCGCCCUAAAAGAUUACCGAAGGGUACUUCAGAAUAUCAAUCCGCUUGGUUCCUUGAGGAUGACUCUGAUUCCGCAUCGGAUAUGAUGGAUAACGAAGAUGAAGAUAUGGAUAUGGAAGUUGAUGACACCGAGGGUCGUCCUGAGGACGGUGUUUUCCCAGACCAUGCCGAUGCCAUGACGGAGGGUGGCCCGUCAGAAUAUCCUCAAUCAGAGAUGUUCUUAGACCCAUCACCAGAAGAUGAAGCUGAUCAGCUUGAGAAUUACCGGGCCAGUCGUCGAACUGAAGCAGAAGACGAUCUAGAGUUCCCGGAUGAGAUUGAGUUACAUCCCAAUGUCCUCGCUAGGGAGCGAUUGCAGAAGUACCGUGGCUUGAGAAGUCUGAAGACUAGUCGAUGGGAAACAUCAGAAGAUCGACCAUUUGAACCCGAAGAUUGGCGACGACUACUUCAAUUCAACGAUUACAAAGGCGUUAAAAACAAACUUAUUCGGGAGGCUCUUAUCGGCGGUGUUACACCCGGUACACGAGUUAAUGUGCACUUGAAGGCUGUUCCAUCGGUACUGCGCAAUAGCCCAUUGCCAGUGGCAUUAUUUUCUCUGCUUCGACAUGAACAUAAGCAUACGGUCAUCAAUAUCAACAUGACAUUGAAUUCUUCUGUGGAGAAGCCUAUCAAGUCCAAGGAGGAAGUCAUCAUUCAGUGCGGACCUCGCCGUCUUGUCGUGAAUCCAAUUUACUCCGGCGCCGGAAAUACGCCAAAUAAUGUACACAAGUUCGAUCGAUACCUCCAUCCAGGUCGCAGCGCUAUUGCUACAUAUAUCGGUCCCGUAACAUGGGGCGCAGUUCCAGUACUAGUAUUCAAGAACCAGGCCGUCGACGACCCAGAAGUCCUCGACUCCGCCGAUGGCACUACCGCUGGAAAGACAGGUAACCGUUUAGAACUUAUCGCAACAGGGACGGUUGUUGCACCCGAUCAUUCUCGAGUGGUGGCCAAACGAGCCAUUCUCACCGGUCAUCCUUACAAGAUCCACAAGAAGGUUGUCACCGUGCGCUACAUGUUCUUCAACUCCGAAGACGUCCACUGGUUUAAGGCCCUUCAACUCUGGACCAGACGCGGUCGUAGUGGUUUUAUCAAGGAGAGUUUGGGAACUCAUGGUUACUUUAAGGCGAUGUUUGACUCGAAGAUUAAUCCUCAAGACUCUGUGGGAAUUAGUCUAUACAAGAGAGUCUUCCCGCGAAGGGCUCGGGGUUUGGAGGAGGUUGAGACUGUUGCAUAG